GGCUCCCCACUUUCCUCCCAGGGACUCAUUCCUCGUCGGUCAACGAGCCAAGAGUCGGCGUCCGCACCAUGGCGGGAGAGUAGCCGUACCCCCCCACCAGCCACGCCUCGUGGCCCGAGACGGCACAUGGGCCCAGUGUGGGGGGGGAACCAGCCCAAGAGAAACCGGCGAGGGGAGCAUGGUCCUCCUCUGCAUUAUAUGUGGUUGUGACUGCCAGAGGCUUUAAACCGGAGGAGGUCUAAAUUAUCCACAGCCGGGGGGGGGCACCCCCCGCCUGGGGCUUGGGGGGGGGGGGGGAGGGCAACGAAGACGCAUCCACAGCGGCAGAAAGACUGGAUGCAUCGAACGUUGGAACAGUUAGGGGUCCGUGCUGGGCGGGACCCAUUUUCUCUCGGCCACCUGGGCUGUAGUGGAGCCUGGAGUUCGUGCCAUUCUCGCCCAUGGCUCCCGGGGGGCAGGUGUUCUGCCAGUGCCGUCCAGCCACCUCUGCCCCUGCCGUUGCCGCCCAGCCAUGGUGCUAAUUUGGGGCAGUACAGCAAAGGCUACUAUGCCCCCGGGAAUCUCCCGCCCCGCCCCCUGCAUGGGAAGUUGGAGGCCAUCCACGGCUGCGUCCAGGCUCUGCUCCGGGACCAGGGCCAGCCUCACCUCUGGGAACAGCUGGGGGAGAUCUACGAAUCCGAGCAAGACUGCGAGGAAGCCAUUCGGUGCUAUCAAAACGCCGCCCGGUACCAGCGCGACUACGGGAGCUAUGGGGAAAUGCACGCCCGGAUUGGGAGGUUGCAACAGGCUCAGCUGUGGAAUUUCCAUUCGGGGGGGUCAUCUCAUCACCGGCACAAAGUUUUACCCCCUUUGCAACAAGUCUGGAACCUGUUACACCUUGAGAAGAGGAAUUUCUCGGCUAAGCGCAACCCCCAACUCAAGAGGCCUGGCCCCCCGAUGGAGCCCCCGGUGGUCCAGCCCAUCCCGCCGGUUCAGCACCCAGCCCACCCGUGCCACGGCGAAGAGAUGCCGGCUCCCAUGAAAAGGCGGAGGAGCACCAGCCCCGACCAGAAUGGUGGUAACGGGGUGGGCCAGCACCUGUCUGGUCCCGGAGCCCCCGGCAACCCCCAUUAUCAACUGCCCAAGCCUGGAUUAUGGAGCCCCCUGCAUGGAGACCCCUGGGGCCAGGAGCGCAAGAACAUGGCCGCCCCAGACAGACAAGAGCAGAGGAAUUCGGUGGCUCAUCCUUUCCCCUACCCGUCGCCCACCUACAGCUCCCACCCGCCCCCCCACCGCCUGCCGGCCAUGGCGCCCACCCCCCGCACCCCGCCAGCACACCGUGCCCCCCUCGAGCCCCACGGCUGCUCGGCCCGGCCCAACGGAAGUGACCUUAGAGAUGGCCGAGUCCCCCGGGUGCGUCCAGAUUCCACCACCACACCAGCAACGUCCGCCUGCGUGCCUUAUGCCCCGCGCCCGACCCCGGGAGGAGCCACCAGCAGCAGCAGCAGCAGCAGCAAGACCACCUCACGGGGGCCGCUGGCCUCAGAAAGCCUUGGUUCUUCUAAUCAUUACCAAACACCGGCAUUGGAGUUGUCCAGCCCCACGUCGGAGAACGGGGGACGCAAACCGGCCCCACCCUCCCGCCCCGCCCCUUGCCUCGCCCCCCGCAACCUGCCCUGCGCGCGCAUGCAGCCCCCGCCUCCCAACCUCCCCCCCCCUCCCCCUCCGUUGCCCUGGCUGAACAAAGCGGGGGAGGGCAAGGUGGAGGACGAAGACCCCCUGGGGGACAUUCUCUUCGGGUGCAGCGGGGAGCCCUGCAGGGCUGACCCCCCAUCCUUGGCCAAUUGCGACUCGGGGUGCGGCUUCCAGGAUUCGGACCCCAGUAGUCCACCAGGGAGCUUUUCUCGCCCUCGGGAAGGGUCCGGGGACACUCCCAGGCCGGCCAGUCCCGAGCCUUCGCCAGCCCCCCAAUUCUGGCUUUCCGAGAGCAGCCGGGAAGAGAACGGCUCCGGGGGGGCCAGGCCCCUGAAUCCGAGCCCCUCGAUUACCUCAGGAACAUUCAGGUCCCCAGAAAGCCCCCCACCGCUGCCGGUGCCACCGCCGGCCGCCCUGCCGCCUCCACCGUCCCGGGCCUCGUAUCCAAAGACGCCGGACCCACCGGGGGUGGCCCCCGCUGCAGAGGCCUCCUCAGACCGCCUCUUCGGCUUCGCUAGCCCCCCGUUAGAAGACCAGUUCGAAGAACCCCCCGAGUUCUCCAAGAUUUUGCCGGACGGGCUGGCCAACAUCAUGAAAAUGCUGGAUGAAUCCAUUCGGCGCGGGGAAGAAGAACGAGAGGAGAGCUUCCCUCCGCCACCUCCCCCCGCCCCCCCCCUCCCUAGCCCCCCACCCCUGGCGAGGCCCAAGCUGCCCUCGGCCUCCGCCAGCUCCUUCGAUUACCCCAAACCUCCCGGGCAGGACCCCCCCGAGCCCCCUUGCCUCUAUCGCUUCGGCAAGCGGGACACAGAAGAGCAGCGACCCCUGGCCAUGACGGCCGCGGGGUCCAGCGGGACGAAGUUUGCGCCUCAUGGCACUCCGUCUCUCCUCAAGUCUUUGGCCAGUGUGCUGGAGGGGCAGAAACACUCCUAUCGGCUCAAGCCGAUGACCCCCCCAGGUGCUAAGAUCUCCCCCCCAGCCGGUGCGAGCCAGAGCCCCUUACCCCAAUUCACUACCUCAGGCCAAGCGUGGGCUGGAGGCACCGGUGGUGCCACGGAGGAGCGAGCCCCCACGCCCCCACCUCUGCCCGCCCCUCGGCCCUUGAAGACUGAGUCGGAGGUGUUGGAGGAGAUCAGCCGCGCCUGCGAGACCCUGGUGGGACGAGCAGGGCGGGAGAAGAGCCCCCCGCCCCCUGCCAGCCCCCCGCCCACCCCGGCCUCCCCUCCGCCUGCUCCUCUCCUGGCCCCUGUGCCUCCAGCGCCCCUACCACCGACCCCUCCGCGCCCCAAGGAUGAGUCCCGCAAGACACACAUGGAACAUCGCCGGCACCGUCGGUCCAACCGGGACGGCUCACGGAGACACCGGGACGGUAAAGCUCGCAAGGGGAAGAACCGGCAGAUCCUGGGAAGUUUGGACGUGCAGAGCGCCGAGGGCCAAGCCCGGGAGAACGGCGCCAAGCCGCCCCCGCCUCCCCCGCCGCCUCCCCCCGAGCGGAGGUCCCCUGUCAAGAAGGAAGAAGGCCCAGUGGGCUCAGUGUCCACCAUGGUGUGCUCGGCCGACCUGCUGAAGCUACGGUCCUUCACGGAGGGUCCCCCCAAGGAGCUGAAGAUCCGGCUGAUCAAAGUGGAGAGCGGAGACAAAGAGACCUUUAUUGCGUCUGAAGUCGAGGAGCGACGGAUCCCCCUGAGCGAAGUCACCAUCAACCACUCAGCCGCAGAGGUUGUGCGGGCCAGCAAGCACGCCAAGGUGAAAGGGAAAUUUAAGGAAUCGUAUUUAUCCCCAAACCACUCCGUCAAGCCGCAGAUCAACAUGGACGAAAAGCUUCCCCGGGAUAAGCUCAGCCCCCCAACACCAAGUAUCUACUUGGAGAGCAAACGGGACGCAUUUUCUCCCGUCUUGCUACAAUUCUGCACCGAUCCCAAGAACCCCAUCACCGUCAUCCGCGGUCUGGCUGGAUCUCUUCGGCUCAACCUGGGGCUGUUCAGCACGAAGACGCUGGUGGAGGCGAGCGGCGAGCACGCCGUGGAAGUCCGCACGCAGGUGCAGCAGCCGUCCGACGAGAACUGGGACCUCUUGGGCACUAAGCAAGUCUGGCCGUGCGAGAGCAGCCGGUCACACACCACCAUCGCCAAGUAUGCCCAGUACCAAGCGGCUUCGUUCCAGGAGUCACUUCAGGAGGACAAAGAGACGGACGAUGAGGAGGCCGAGGAGCCGGAUAGCACCACAGAGACGCCGCCCAGCAACCCAGACCAGAAGCCCCACCAAAUAAUCAAGUUUGGGACCAACAUCGACCUCUCGGAUGCCAAGCGAUGGAAACCGCAGCUCCAGGAAUUGCUGAAGCUGCCUGCCUUUAUGCGCGUCACAUCGACGGGGAACAUGUUGAGCCACGUGGGCCACACCAUUCUGGGCAUGAACACAGUGCAACUGUACAUGAAGGUCCCCGGCAGCCGAACCCCAGGUCACCAGGAGAACAACAACUUCUGUUCCGUGAACAUCAACAUUGGGCCCGGGGACUGCGAAUGGUUUGCUGUCCACGAACAUUACUGGCAGAAUAUCAGUGCCUUCUGUGACAGACACGGGGUAGAUUAUCUCACCGGCUCCUGGUGGCCCAUCCUAGAAGACCUCUACCAGUCCAACAUCCCUGUCUACCGCUUCAUCCAGCGUCCUGGAGACCUGGUGUGGAUCAAUGCCGGGACCGUGCACUGGGUGCAGGCCACUGGGUGGUGCAACAAUAUUGCGUGGAACGUCGGUCCCCUGACAGCUUACCAGUACCAGCUGGCGCUCGAACGCUAUGAAUGGAACGAGGUGAAGAAUGUCAAGUCCAUCGUGCCCAUGAUCCACGUCUCCUGGAACGUCGCGCGGACGGUCAAGAUCAGCGACUCGGACUUGUACAAGAUGAUCAAGUACUGCCUCAUGCAGUCCAUCAAACACUGUCAGGUCCAGCGGGAAAGCCUGAUCCGAUCUGGCAAGAAGAUUGCGUACCAAGGAAGGGUGAAGGACGAGCCGGCGUACUACUGCAACGAAUGUGACGUGGAGGUGUUCAACAUCCUUUUCGUGACCAGCGAGAACGGCAGCAAGAACACGUACUUGGUUCACUGCGAGGCCUGUGCCCGGAAACGGAGCUCAUCCCUCCACGGCAUCGUGGUCCUCGAACAGUACAAAACCGAAGAAUUGAUCACCAUCUACGACAGCUUCACCCUGGCCGCAGCGCCGAGUUCAAGAUGAGCCAUAUCACGCCCAGGCGCCGAUGUCUGGGCUCGUUUUUUCUGCGCUCGUUUCUCCCACUCCCACUGUGAGUGUUUUGGGGCAGAAGGUGCUGUAGCCCCCUUCUCUGCCUCCCCCCCCUCUUAAAAGAGAGCCUCGGUCUUCUAUUUUUUUUCUCCUCCGUUGCUUUCUCGCCACCCCGUCCUGAGCCGUAGUGACACGGAACCGGCCAGAAGCUUCGUUUCCGCCUCUCCUCCCCACGACCCCCAGCCCCAGACGGGCGCUUUUUAUUUUUAAUUUAUUCUUCUUC